AUGCGGUUGACCCCGACAAAGUCCCUUUCAUCAUCAGCAGCAGGAGCAGCAGCAGCCCUGCUAAUCCUGCUGCUUGUCCGCUGGUCCGACAGCAGUAAGUAAACAGUUACAUGCUAGGUGGCUAGCUAGCUCGCUAAGUCCCCUUUGACAUUUGUAUUGCUGGUGAUGAGACAUGCACCAGCGUCAUAAACGGUCCUUCAACGGCUGAUAUUUCGCAAUCGUUUCUCAGUGUUUUUGUUUAUAAGUCACCCAAAUAUUGCUUUAUAUUGAGUUGUUUGAUCUUUUACUGGUCGUGUUGUCUAUAAAUACAUUUUGGGGUGAUUUUCUCUGUCUUUAUUCUUUAGUUUCGUUGUCUCCUCAAGAGGCAAACCAGUUUCUGAGCAGACACCGGAGGGCAAACCAAGUUUUCGAGGAGACGAAGCAAGGACACUUGGAGAGGGAGUGUGUUGAAGAGAAGUGCUCCAAAGAGGAGGCCAGGGAAGUGUUUGAAAACGACCCAGAGACGGUAAGUCUACUUUCCUUUCUUAUAGGGCUGGACGAUAAAAUGAUAUUGAUAUCAAGAAUUAAUUUCCCUCAAUAUCAAUUUAAAACAUGGUCAAUAUGCUUAUCAAUAACAGCGUUCUGCCAUGUUUUGGUAGACUAUACGAAUGGCCAAUGACAAGGGGACCAUUCAGUCCGCUUUCUCUAGCACAACGCCUUACAACAAAACGUCAAAGAGACACUCAGGCUGUGACCGAAAUGAAUCACUCAAUCCCUUACCCCUAACCCCCAUAUGGGGUUUCACUAUAUAGUUGACUAUGUAGUGAGCUCAAUCACCGGAGGUUUCGGACACUACAUGGCAAGAGGCAAUGCAUGGCGGGAUGCCCACCACCGGUUAGUUACCAUCGUAUGGUCUCUACAUUUUGCAAUGCUCUAUGGGGCACUGGAAUUGAUCACUCAGGUUUCGGACACCCCUAAAAAUGGCGCUAACCCUCAUAUAGUCACCUAUAUAGGGGUUAGGGAUCCAUUUCGGACACAGCCCAAGACCUCACAGAUGCAGUAACUUACUGUUUUGCUAAAGACAUGCUACCAAUAUUCAUUUUUUACAUCUUGAUAUAUAUCGAUAUCGACUGAUAUGAAAGUAAUAUAUCGUGAUACACUUUUGCCCAUAUCACCCAGUCCUAUGUGGCACCAAACCACAACAAAAAAGCUGUGUUUUUUAUUCAAUGUUUCAAUCAAUCAAAUUUUAUUUAUAUAGCACCAAUUCACAACAGUCGUCAUCCAAGACGCUUUCCAAAGAAAAAGAGCAGGUCUAGACCACGCUCAUUGUUUGAUGAAUUAUCAAGUCCCAACCUAAGUUGGGAUUUGCCCCAUCUCAUGUAACAUGAGUGACAGUGGCAAGGAAAAACCUCCUUUUAACAGGCAGAAACCUUGGGUAGGACCAGACUCAUGCUAGACAGCCACCUGGCAGCUGCUGGGUUGGGAAGGAAUAUAGAGAGAUAGGGGAGAGAAAGAGAACAAGACAGAAGGAAGGAGUGAGAGAAUAGAGAACGAGGGGACAGCAGCAGCAACAACAACAACAGCUUAUGCAAAGUUGUGUUUGCAGAGUAAGUGAUGAUGAAAUAAUAUGAAUUCAGUUUAUAGUAUUAGGAUAUAAGUAGUUAUGGACUAUGUUAAAUUAAUUUAUUGUGAUUACAGUCAGCAGGCCUAAUAGUAGUUAACUCUAGUUUGAUGUUAUUAAUGUCGGUGAGGUGUAAUGUUUGAUGCAGGUGUCCCAUCUCCAUUUCAAAACUCUACCACAGCACCACACCUUCCACCAGCAUCCUCUCCAUUAAGACCCUACAGCGCUGAAAAAACCCAGUUAUAGAUAGUCAAAACAUUACAAAUUGAAUGACUUUGUUUGAGAGCCCAACACUUGUUUUUCUCAUAAACCUACAACUGUUAUGUCCAUUGUUUACAUCAUGUUCAUAUUGACUGCAGAUUGAUGACUGUAAUGUCACAGCAGACCAAUGAUUCAUUGUCUGGGCUGCCUGAGUUCAUGCUCCAAUAAGUCCAAAGCACUGAUGGCUGUCUCAUCACAUACAAUGUAGCACUCUCAUCAUGUCACAGACUUGUCCUGUUUUGUUUGCUCCUUUCAGACUUUGAGUCACUGUGGCUAAUCUUCAGAUUAUGAAACACAAUUCUGGUAAAGACACCAGUGCUUUAGUUUCACAUGCAUGUAAUCACUUCCGGGUUUUAUUUUUGCUUUGAUAGAUUUCAUAAGUAGAAAUUUUGUUCUGUCAACUGAACCUUCAUGGCUUAGAUGCCUUCUAAAACAUGUGAAGCACCUGGAAAUGUUCUCACCAUCUCUAUGUUGGCCAUCUGUAUUUGCCAAACUGUCAAAAAUGCAUGUGGUUCUGAUUGGACUCUUGGGGGGGGGGCUGAUUAGCAGUUUCCCGGAAGAGGAUGAACUUGUGGUAAGUUGUGUGUUUCAUUAAACCCAACAGUGAACACAAUGUCAGUAAACUCCAUUCACCCUCCCACUGUUUCCUCUUGGUAUUUACCAACAAAUGAAACUUAAAAAAUGUGUGUGUGUGUGCUUAGGAAUAUCCCACAUGGAUUAGUUUCUAAUCAGCAUUCAUGAUUGUGUAGGUUAACCUCUUCAUCCAUGAUCAAACAUAAGCUCGUUGCAUAUGCACCAUGUGUGUAAAACGAUCUAGAGGUAUAAAUAACAUAAUGUGGCAGAAAACGUGCAACAAGGGACCAAGUGUGUAUUUAUUCAUUGGCUAAGAAUGUAGACUUGUAAGCCUGUUCACAAACAUCUUUGUGGAGAGAGUUGAAUGUGUUGUGAGGGAAUUUGGCCAUGCUAGGCAUAUUUAAGUACUGAAUGUUUUUGAUCCAGGCUCUUGAUUUGGACCCUCUUUGAAUGCUAGUCUGCAACAAUUCCAGCAACAAGUGCAUCCUGACACUGCUUAAUGUUUUUGCUCUUUCACGUUGAGAGUUUGGCUGCUUGAUUUGAUAUGCAAGCAGUUCUUGUAAGCACUGCAACAGUGAUACAUUCUCCCGAAGGAUGGUUCUUAUUCAUGAUGUUUUUAAUGUAGAAAUUUGUGGUUUCAAGGGAACAAGUGAGGCAAUCAAUGACGCAGUGAUUACUUGUAAGAUUAGCCAAGAAGAGAGUCAUCAAGACAGCUCUGGGAGGGGGGGAUUAAAGUCAAGUUGAGCUUGGGUGUAUAUGUCUUUGGAAAAGGUGAAGUCAGGUGAUGUCUCUUCCAGUUGGGUUGCGAUCAGCUGGACACACACCACCAGAAGAACAGCAUUUGCGAGGCUGAAGUUUUAUUUCGUGCUUUGCCACAAAGCUGCAGUCUCACUCAUGGCUGCAUUAUUCAUCCUGCAAGUACUCGUCUCUGACACUGCAUUUUCUUGUGCUGCAGCUUCCUGGCUCUGCAGAGAGAAGGAGAGUGGGGUGUCCCUUGAUACUUGUGAUUGUACUUGGCAACACACGCGAUCACACCAACUUUUUUUUGUCUCUCACAUGUUCAGCAGUCUUUCAAGAGACACAAUAAAAAUAUUCAAAGGUGGAUAUUAUGUUAGGGUUAAGUAUUUUGAUAGACUCAAACUUGCUCAGUUAGUAACCAACACUCUUCAAAUUCUGACCUAAAUGUUGAGGAUGACUGCAACCAGCAGACAGGAGGGAUUCUGCUCCUAUCAGGAAUGCAGAGAAUUUUAAGGAAGCCUUUGGCAAAAGGGCGACACCCAUUACAGGCAGCACUAACACUGGGAUUACAGAGUAAUCGUACUGUAAUCUCUAACAGGAUACUAACCACACACAUAAAACACACGCAUACAAAUGUCCUGGGUGAAAUUAAUGAUUGUUUACAAAUUUCCUUUGACUCCCAUGACCAUAAAUCGAAAGCGAACCCUAGAUAUUUACAGAACCACCAAAGCAUUUAUUUAGACUAUCUUGCUCUGUUUGGAUUUCUGUUUGUACCACUAUGUAACUUUAUCCCUCUCUGUUUUCAUUCACUCUCCUUGAUUCAGGACUACUUCUAUCCCAAGUAUUUAGGUAAGAUAUCAUUUGUGUCUACGGCUCUUCAUUUAUGUUCAUAAUAGUCCGGCUGAUUAAUCACAUUUUUGCUAACCCUUUGAAUUUUGUCUUUAUCUCUAUCCAGCCUGUGUGGAGAAGUUUGGUAAUGCUGAAAAAACUAAGCAGGAUCUGAUUACAUGUGUCCACAGUGAGUUUUGUUUUACUUUAUAAUUUGCAUGCUUACUAAAUUUAGAGCUUGAUGACAGAACUGCUUCCUUCUCACCCUCUCUCUUUCUUCUCUGUAUGUGAAAAUCUAACUCUUAUUACAUCCUGAGAGAGCCGUUUGAUUGUAGUGUAGGGUUGUGCUGCACUGCACUGCAGUAUCACUGCUCUGCAUCACACAAGCAGAGAGAAAAGAUAAUGACUGGAUGCAGAAGAUCUGUAGCUUCUCCAGGUCAAAUGUUGCAGCGUGACACACCUGAUCAGUGACUUUGAAUCGGCUCGAGUGUGAGGCGUGUGCCGGGAUCCAGGUGCUCAUGAGUAGCAAUGCAGCACUCUGCUUUAGUGAUGCUGCACAUUGGUGAAUGAGUGACACACCCCUUCAGUCGUCACUCGCACGCUCACUGGGUGACUGCACCAUCUCCUUUCUGACGUGGACGGAUAGUCUGACGUGAGUGGAGCACAGGAUUUCUGCUGCAUCAGGAUACAAGAGUGACCCGGCUUUACUGCGAUUGGCUGAGGAACCUCGAGGGGGGGGUUCCAUGACUCAGCUGCAGCAUCGUGGCACGGCAGCUCUUUUUUUCUCCCUCUUUAUAUCCGUCAGCACACCCUAUCUCUCUCACCUCCUCUCUAUCUUAUCUCGCUCGCUCAAAUCUCUGCCCAUCUGUCUCCCUGCACCGCUUUUCAGUGAGAUCAUUACAUACCACACAUUCCACUUAUGACAAGUUACUGAUGUGAUGUUAUGAACAUGCCAGUGUUUGAGAAAGAUACUAGCUUCAUAUCUGCACAAACCAAAAGCUGAAUUUGUUGUGAGCACAGCCAGCAGGAUAUGCCUGUUCUGCUUGAUUUUAUAUCUCGGUCAGCAUUUGCUUAAACAAAAAGACUCCUGAGAAAACAUUCACCCACUCUCUAGCUCAAAUUGCAUGUGGCACGAUUAGCUGCUGCUCUGUGAACUUUAAAGAGCAUAUAUAAAUCAGAGUUGCUUCGGCCUCUAAGGUGUGAUUUAUUAAAUGAUAUAAAGAUUUAAUGCCUUGUUGAUGAGGGACCUCUAUGAUUCCAGGUAGAGGAAACAAGAAAGGCUCUUUCUGUCAGCUCUGCUCGCCCAUUAACCCUAGCCUAUUACCAACAAACAGCGGCGAUCAAAUUCCAGUAGACUGCUUCUUUAAUAGCUGCUUUUGGGAGUAGACUAUAAAGAACCACUACUUAAGAUACUGAAAAGGAUAUUUCAAUUUGAGCGCUACAUUUACAUAUGUUAAAAUAUUCAUGUACAGUGGUCUCCAACACAGUUUUACACCUAUCUGCAGAAGAACAAGAACAAGUUGCCAAAAGCUCCUGUGAGGAACUUCUGGUUUGUGCACUGUAGACAAAUGUUACCGCUUAUCUCUUUGCUAAUUUUGACCUAAAUAUGCACAACUUGUGUAUUUUUUACAAGCAAAUAUCAUACUACUUUAUUACAACAGUCAAAUGUCAGACUCCCCCACCCUUCAACCCCUAGCACCACCCUUAGACAUUAAGAAUAACCUUAUAUGAGUAGUCAAUGUUCAUGCUAAUGGUCUUGUUUGUUUGAGGUAUCAGCAAUAAUGUAAGUUUGUUUCAUAACCAGCUAGAAGUAUAAACAAGAGCUCUGAAUUCGACUGUUAGAUGAAUAGAAAUAUAUUAUUGCUAUCAUUAUCUCCAUUUGUUUAUGUGCAUCAACAGGCAUACUUAUAACAAUUAGAAAUCAUUGCACUCAUAAAUUAAAUGACAAAAUAUUUUAGGGAAAAAUUGAACUUGGCAGUGUGUUUUAGGGGAGCUCAGUUGUCUUCAGAUGAGUUUAUUUUAUAUGAUUUUGUUGUUUUCUUGAUUCAAAAUCUGUGUAAAGCUGUACUUUAUACUCUUAAACAGUCUAUGUGUUGUUACAUGAUGUCAAAAUUUUCUUUAUAAACUCUCUGAAGCUACUUGCAGCUAAUGCCAGCAGUUACCAUUACUCUGUAGCACUCUACAUAGUUUGGAGUCACCAAAAGGAUAAGCAUGUUGUCAGUUUAAAUACACCAAAUCCUCUUUUGGUUGUAAUGUUAAUAUCACUCCAAAAGCUGCGAGGUAAUCUUUGUAUUCGGCAUACACAGACCAGAUGGCCUUGGGUUUCACAUGUUUGCGUAUCUCUCUCCGACUCCCCAAAUUUUCUCUGACACUGUCCUUUUCUCUCCCUCCUCCGGCUGACAUGCCCAGACUUGUCGAGCAGUCAAAAACACAGCUUGAAAAAGGAAACCGUGUGGGGAGAGAAAAGAUUUACACAUGUGCUCACUAAUACAAACCUGCAGUGGAGGAGAAAGCUCAAGUGUUUUUUUUUUAAAAAGUGAAAGAUUGGCUGAAACAAAAAGAAAAGAGGGUUGAUUCCCAUCUGAUGUUGUUUUUGAGAGGUAGAGGACAGGUUUGCUGGCAACGCUGAAAUUAGGGCAUCUCUGACAGAAAAGCUUAGCCAGCAUUAGUCUAUUUAUAUUGAACUCCUGAUAUGCGAAACAUAAGAGAUGCCCUUCCCUCUGUCUCGUAUCCUUAUACUGUUACACUCAUCCUAUCAGUCCGAAUUACAGACUCAAUAUUAAAGCAAUAACUUCUCUGCUUUGUCUGUCUCUGUCUGUCUUUUUUUUUCUCACACUACAAGAUAUUCCAGACCAGUGCUCUCCUUCUCCUUGUAAUGCCAGAGGUACAGUGCGCUGCGAGGACAAACAGGGCGACUUCUUGUGCCACUGUUUCACAGGCUGGACCGGAGCGACUUGUGAGACAGGUAUUGUGAUUGAAAUGGAAAAAAAAAGAUUUGGAUAUGGACAGUGUGCUGGAGCUCACUGCAUAGCCACUGGAUGUCAUUUCCAGUUAGUGGGUGGUUUCAAUUGUGCCUUUGACCUUGAUUCUGGCAGCCAAGUAGAAAGAUCCUGCCUCCCAUUACUUUCAUCAGUCGUAUAUUUCCCUUUUUUUAUUUUUGUCCUUUUCUAGUUCUUUUUUUUUCUUUCUAUUUCUUGAGUUUCCGUUUCAAUAUUAUCUGCAAGUGUUCUUCCUGGCAGGCCUCUUUAAUAUCCAGCUGCUGCUACUGUUGUUGAUGAUGUGUUAAUGGAUUGUCAGGUCAAUAUGAACUGCAUGUACGGGAAUCUGUGUCUCUUUUCGAGGUCAAUGCCAGUUGCUUUUUAUAGAUAUGAGAAAAGCUUACAUCUCCUCAGAAAAAAGUAAAAGUUAGAGCAAGGAAAUACUCUGUGUAUAUUCAGGAACUGAAAAGCCAACAUGAUAUAUUCACAAGCACUGUGAAGGUUAAAGAACAUGUUUCUCUGAUUUAUGGCACGGCCACCAUUCCACACAUUUCCACUGUGACUCAUCCUGCCACCUGACUGUGAGAGGAAACCAAAACAGAUUCAGUUUGACUCGGACUAAGCCUUUUCCACUUGAAGACCACACUCCUCCAAACCCUCAGCUGCAGCAGUCAGCUGCAGUGACAUAGCGUGUCAGUUAUUUGUGAGGGCUUUCACAAAGUAAUCAUUCACAGAACGUUUAAGUGAACUUCUUGAACUGUCCCCCCCUUUCGACUGCAGCAAUUAAGAUUUCAGACUUUCAAAAAGUGAUCCUGAAGUUCUGGUGGAAAUCUCCACACCAGCCAAACUACAUAAUGCUCCACACAGCCCAUGAUGGUAAUUUUCCUUGUACUCACGUUGACCACACCACCCUCCUAUUUGCAGAUGUCGACGAGUGCAGCAAGAAAAACGGAGGGUGUGACCACGAAUGCAACAACACCAUGGGCAGUUACCGCUGUUCCUGUCACCAGGGCUACAUGUUGGUGGGACGCCACAUGUGUAAUGGUAAGCCACAAUUAAAGAUGGCCAUCAUUAAUAGCUGCAGUGAUUACAGUUUGACCAAGCCUGGAUUUGAUCAACUUGGAAAUCUCACCAACUCUAAGAACUAGAAACAUUUCUGCAGUUAUUGUUAAAUAUAUGGAGGAAUUUUGAAAUGGAGAGUUUUCAUGUUUGUUAAAUCAGUUUUCAUAUUAGCUGUUUUACAAACCCACAGCAAAAUGUUCACAAAAUCAGAGAAAAGUUUCAUUUAUUUGGGUAAAAUAUAUUAAUGUUAAUGCAUAAUUGUAGUAAAUUGCUUCAUAAAAGCAGAUACUGCACUUUGUCACAGGUGUGCUACUCAGUGGAACAGUCAGUCAAUCGGUAGACUUAACUAGAAGUCACUCUGGAAGAAAGUUAUCAUUUUAUUUAAACAGAUAAAUGAUUUUGACUUGUUGUUUUCCGGGUUAAAGUGUCUACUCUCUUUUUCUGAUACGAAAGAACAACCUCACAAAUAUCCCUCUCAGUUCUCAUCCUUUCAGCCGAGGCGUUUAUUCACUCUUCUUGACGCUAUCAAAUUUCUUCCAAAUUUGACCCUCCUCGCUGACUAGAUUUUGUCUCUUUCAGAUGUGGACGAGUGCGAGGACCCAGGUGUGUGCGGGACAGCGCGAUGCGAGAAUAAAGAGGGCAGCUACGAGUGUUUGUGUGAUGUAGGCUAUGCCUACGACAACGAAACCAAAAGCUGCGUUGGUGAGUGUGUAAACACAUACAAACACACACAACAGCUUUAUGAGAGCGGGGAAGCAGCAUCAGCCACAGCAGGACUUGAUGCAGCUGUGUUGUGGGGUCAGGAAAGGAAUGCAAAGACAUUCGGAGCAAUCUAGUUCACAAAGUAGGUAACAGGUCAUCAUCCCUGUGCCUUGGGACAAAGUUCAGGAGUCAAAUUAGUCGUUAUGAAAUUAGUUCAGGACAGAGGAAGUGGACGAAGAGGACAUUUAAUAAAAAUACAGUUGGCAGAAUGUUUUUGAAAAUCUAAUAUACAUCAUAAAAUGUUUAGGAUGACUUUUCCUGGUGGAAUCACACUUUUAGACCAACCUCACCGGGCUAAACAAUCAAGUUGUUGUGAACCUUUUAGUAUUUAUAAGCAAGAUAUCAAUAUACUUUUUUCCUCUUCAUAGUAUGAAGAAUAAGUUUAUAUGUGCUCAGCAAACAUUUUUAAUCCUGUGGAGGCCAAAGAUCUGCAGGAUUGAUAUCCAGUGAGAUAACAUAAAUCACUCAUUUGGACUGUUUUUCUCAGCCGAGGAAACCAGACUUUUCAUAACCUCAGUGUGCCUCCACUGAGAAUUCAAGUUUAUUAUAGCUAAUCUUCUCAUGGCCAUGUAAGGUCGUGCACAGAGCUCUGAGAUACCACCCAGUCAAAGACCACUUGACUCAAGUGUUGUUUGCAUUCCUUGAUAUGUUGACAAAAAAAGACGUCUGAUGUUUUUUUACAUGCUUGUGAAACUGAAGUUUUUUUAGACCCUGGAGGUUCAUGUUGUGCUAAUGUCUCUACUGAUGUACCUUAUCUCAAACUCUUGUUACUCUUUCUAUGCAAUUAAUGACUUUCAUCUCCCCUACUGUCGUGUCUCUCCUACCUGGUGUCCCCUGUCAGACGUGGAUGAGUGUGAGUCAGGUGUGUGUGCAGAGGAGUGUCUGAACACUCCAGGGAGUUUCCGUUGCUUCUGCGAUGGUCGACAGGGCAUGAAGCUGGGCCAGGACCUCAGGAGCUGUAAGGUGAAAUACAUGAACUGUGGUAAUCUUAGCUCAGCUUUCACUUUUGUUAUUACUGAAAAUACUUGAUCUUCUUAACUCUACAUUAAUCAUAAUGGUUGUCAUGAAACAGAAGCAUGCAUCACCUCCAGCUUAUACUCUCUCUGUCUUUAACAGCCCCUUACUCCUUGUAUGUCACUGUCACUGAAGAGGAACUCGCGUUCUCUCUAUCUUGGACGCAUGUUCAGCGGGGUGCCAGUGGUGAGACUGCGUUUCCGGCGCAAGAUUCAAACUGGGUGAGACAGCUGUCAUUUCUCCAUCCUCAACACCAACAACUGCUGUACUUUUAAAACAAGCAGGCAAAGUCUCUUCAUCAAUACCUCAGUCAAAGAUGGAAAAAUAAAAGAAUGCCCUGUUACCUGUGCCCUCUCAAUGGCACUGGAGAGACUGAUUUAGUGUUGACUACUUAAAAUAGAUAUCAUCUUAGCUGUCAUUGGGCAAGAGGCAGGAUACACGCUUGAUAGGUAUUUAGUCUAUCAAAAACAGCUGGGAUAGGCUCAAGUGCCCCCAUAUAGGGAUCAUAGGGACCUUUAGAUAAAGGUUUUGGAUGCUGAAGGUAAAAGAAAAUAUUAGUUUAAAUUUUUUUAGUCAGAAUAAAUGUUUUAUCUUUUCCCAAACUUGUCACAUAUCAGUCUUCCAACAAAAAUAAUUAAUUAAUUAAUUUAAUAAUAAUCAUAACUUUAUUUAUAUAGCACUUUUAAAAACAAGAGUUUACAAAGUGCUUUAACAUAAAGGGAAACAAAGAAGAUAAAAACAACAGAACAACAACAAGAGAACACUUGGGGGAAAUGUCACAUGAGCUGAGACGUCAUUAAAACAAAGACAUUAUAAGAACCUGUGAUACUCAGCCAACACAGGAACCCAAUCACAAGAACCUGAGACCAAGGGUUCUAUUAUAAAACAUGACUAAGAUGAGUAAAUGCUCUAAGAAGACAAAAAACUCAGUACUGCCUGAAAAAAAUUCCUAAGACUCAAACUUUUUCUUGAUUUCAUAAAAAAGUUGAUAACACAGUUAAUUAGAAAUACUUACAAUGAGUUGUUCACUUUCGAAAUUCAAGUCAAUUAAAGGGUAGACCCCAAGUCGGGAUGAAUUGGCUCAGGGUCUUAAAGGCAAAGUGUCCAGUUAUUUGUCAAGAUAAUUCUCAUAUCAGCUAGGACAAUGUUGCUUUUCUGAAGAGCAGAUGGAAUAGUUUUGGUCACUGGAAGGAGUCUCUGCUCUUUUUCUGCUAAUCUCUGCAUCCAUCUGUUUCCUUACAGCUUUUCAGCUGAGUUUGAUUUCCGCACCUAUGACCCUGAGGGAGUGAUCUUCUUUGCCGGAGGUCACCUGAAUAGCUCCUGGAUUGUGUUGGCAAUGCAUCACGGGAGGUUAGAGCUGCAGCUGAAGUACGGUACAGUCAGCCGGGUCACCAGCAGCGGGCCUGCAGUCAAUGAUGGACAGUGGAGAAAGGUUGGACAUUUCUGUCACCCACAGUACAACACUGCGUACAUUUGCACCGUAAGCUAAUAAGAAGGUCUUUGAAUGUCUCGUUUGUGUCCCAGAUCUCAGUUGAGGAGCAGGGGCGGAGCCUGGUGAUUAAGAUUGACAGAGAGGCAGUCAUGAAGAUUGCAGUAAACGGAGAUUUGUUUACGCUGAAGAAGGGGAUGCAUGAACUCAAUCUCACUGUUGGGGGUGUCCCUUUCAAGGAGGACGGUCUCGUCAAUCAGGUAUGUUUAUUUCUAUGUGCCUAUAUGUGUGUGCCAAACUGAUUAUGCUCUUUCCACACUUUGUAACUGUUAUGUAUAUGAUGUAGGUGAACCCACGUCUCGAUGGCUGUAUGAAGGAGUGGAAGUGGUUGACGGGUGAAGAUACAUCCAUACAGGAAACUGUACGCUCCAAUGACAACAUGCAGUGUUUCAGCGCUGAGGAUUCUGGGGCGUAUUACCCCGGCACAGGCUUCGCUCUCUUCAACAUCAGCUAUGGUGCACUUUGUGUUUGUGUGUUUGUGUGCGUGUGUGUGUGUGUUACGCAAGGUGGGCUUAGGGUGAUGCAACUUCCUCCGUUUGCAUCUUCCUGAAGUCAUUAGUCAAUGUUUAAUUUGUUUGCGUUUACACUUAGUUGGCCUCCGUCAUCGCCUACUCUCUUGUCAACAGCUUGACUCAUUUUUGUUUGUCACAGAAGUUCACGACCUGCUGUUCUCUCUUCAGACUCACAGAAUCUCAGUGUCCGGUUCGUGCUGCGUCCAACCUCUGCAAUGGGAGUACUGUUUGCACUCAUCUACCAGGACAGAGUCCCUCUCUCCAUCGCUCUGGCAGACUAUAAUCCCAACACGGACGAAUGGAGAGACGUGAGUCGUAAAAGCAUAGCCUAGUUCUCUCACUCUACAUUUGAUCUCAGGGCUAACCCUUCUGUGUGUCUUCAGUUCAUCCUUGUAUCUGUAGAUGAUGUUGUCGUCGCCAGCUCUCCUGCUCUUCUUUGUGACGGUGAGAGUCAUGAAAUCCAGGUGACAAUCUCAAGCAACCAAACCCUGGUGCUGGUCGAUGGUCAUCCUGGACGUAGUGAAGAUGCAGAAGUUCCUGUCGACCUCUUGUCACAGUCCAGCACCUUUAUAGGAGGCAUACCUGGUGAGGACGUGUAAAUAUCUAUGGAUAUUUUACACACUUUUAUUAGUGUGCAGGAGUAUUUAUCGGGUUUUUCAGCACCUAGAUAGAUGGCACCUGGUUAGAUAUUCAUGAGUGACCCAUUAGCUGAUAAAUUUUUAAGUCUUUGUAUUUAACACUUACAGACAUGCAUUAGUUUGGGCUUUUCAAUCAUUUUACUUUAGCCUAGACACAUUUUCGGUCGAAAACAGGUACAGAGAUAGAAAAUAAAGGGAUUUAAGCAUUGAUGUUAAUUCCCUUAAUCACAAAAUACUUUUCACCAGAUAUUUUGUCAAUCAGUUACAUGACCUAAAAAACUCUGAACCCUCUCAGCCAAAACUUUUUUCUCCUCUAAGACCAUGUUAACACGUUAUUAUCCCAGCUAAUGUCUGAUGAUUACUCUUGAUUCCUCACAUUUAUGAGUGUCUCUCACAGUGUUUAUCCCAAAACAAAACAAUGAACCCAUAACUGUCACAUCUGCAGGGUAAAGCUGCAAUAAUCCAAAAACUAGAAACUAAAAACAACUAGGAUUUAUCUCUUUUACUUGAAUCAACACCUAAAAAAAAGUUUCCAUGUUUUAAAACAUAGUUCUCCGACCAAAGAUUUUACACCAAGCUCCUACACUGUUUGUUUCGGCUAACUGCUAUGUUAUAUUUUCUUUGUCUCAGAUGUUCCUCUAGUGUCCACGCUGGUGUCGGCCCCCUACAGCGGCUGUAUGCAGGUCACCGUCAACGGACGGUCUCUGGACUUGGACCAGGCCAUCCACAAACACAACGACAUCCGCUCACAUUCCUGCCCCCUGCUGGACUCUCUCCAGUGA